GCUUAUAUAGACAGGUGUGUGCCUUUCCAGAUCACAGCCAAUCAACUGAAUUUAAAACAGGUGGACUCAACUCAAGCUGUAGAAACCUCUGAAGGAUGAUUAAUGGAAACAGGAAGCACCUGAGCUCAAAUUUGAGUGUCACAGCAAAGUGGCAAAACUUAUGUAUAUGUUACAUUUUUUGUUUUUCAUUUGGAAUAAAUGCCUCUCGCCCAUAGUCAGCUGGGAUGGGCUCCUAACUUGCUGUGAUCCAGAACGGUAGUCGGAACAGUUACAGGCUGCGAUAGUCCUUAAGGGACAACAGGUUUUCUUGACUGUCUGUUGCCCUCUGUCCUGUUUUGUUAAUGGAUGGUUAAUGCAGAGUAGAACUGGAUCAGGAGGUUCAAAUUCCUGAGCUGGAACAGGAAGGACGUCCUCUGCUGGACCAUUUUGAAGAUGGAGUCCAGAAACUGGAUCAGCAGGGUGGGGGGAUGAAGUUCACAAUCUGGAGCAGAACACCAGCUGUUUAACAAACAGAGAGGCGGCCCUUAAUCCAACAGACUCCACCCCCUACACGCACACACACACACACACACACACACACACACACACUGGUAAACAAAGAGAAUCUGGAAAACAAAAUCAGUGUUAGGAUUAUCUCACUGUGUGUGUGUGUGUGUGUGUGUGUGUAUUUGAAAAUCUCACUCUCUGAUUGGCUGUCAUAUGUGACCUGAGUGUAUGUGGUCCCUGAGGACCCUGGACUGUCAGAAUCCUUCUCCAGGACACCUUCAGUGUUAGUGUUUCAGAAUUUUUGGACAGCUCAUGUGGACUCUCGUUUUUAGAUUUAGAAACGUUUAAAUUGAAACAAGUCAACGCUCCUGGUUACUUGUUUUUACUCCAGUCUACAUGCUUAGUGUCAGACUACAUAAACUCCAUAGAAACACAAAGAGAAACACACUGCUGCAGCAACAACAAUAAAAAACAUGUAAUUGCAGUUAAUAAAGAUAUAUAUUUUUUUAAUUUCUUAUAUUGUUGAGGAAUCCCAUCGAGACACGUGGCUGAUGUAAUCACAACAUGCACAACUUGAUUGUAAAUUAUACUGUAUGUAUAUAUAUUAUAUUACGUAGUGUAUUUUCCUGUCUUGUCUGAGAGGCUCCUGGCUCUUUAAGAGAGGAGGAGGAUGAGCCGACACCUAAACACCCUCCUCCUCCUCCUCCUCCUCCAGCACAUUGUUCUGCAGCUGCCGGCAAGCAGCAGCUUCCCUCUGCUGCUGCUACCGGCUACACAGGCAGACAGACAAGCGCUCAGUCAGACAGUCAGGCAGGCAGACAGGCAGGCAGUCAGAGAGACAGUCAGGUUUCCAGUAUGGUUUGUUGCGGUUCUUUGUGUUUGAGUUGAACAAAGAACCAUUGAGGCAGCGACUGAUGGAUCCACCGGCUGAUUCAUAACUGGAGACAAAGACAGUCAGACAGACAGGCAGUCAGACAGAUAGACAGAUGCUAUGACUGGAGGCUUGUGCAACUGGACCGACAGUCAGGGGCUCAGUUAGCCAAGUGCUGUGGUGAGGCAGCUUGUGAUUUGUGGCUGCCAUGGCACCAAGGCCAUCGUCAGGGGAGCUGUGGGGGCUCCACCUGAUGCCCCCCCGGAUCCUGGUGGACUGCUGCUUACCCAACGGGAUGAUGGUCAGUCUGGAGUGUCUCAGAGAAACUCCUCUCAUCAGCAUCAAGCAGCAGCUCUUCACUGAGGCCAGGAAGUACCCCCUGUACCACCUGCUGCAGGUGCAUCACUCUUUGACCUUUGACCCUGCUUCUUCUAGGCAUCAUAACUAUACUAACAACCUCUGCUCUCUGAUUUGCCAGGAGGAGUCAUGUUACAUCUUUGUGGGUGUGACCCAAGAGGCAGAGAGGGAGGAGUUUUAUGACGAGACAAGGCGACUGUGUGACCUCCGACUGUUUCACCCUAUCCUGAAGGUCAUUGAGCCGCUGGGCAACCGGGAGGAAAAGAUCCUGAACCGAGAGAUAGGGUUUGCCAUUGGGAUGCCGGUCUGUGAGUUCGAGAUGAUGAAGGAUCCAGAGGUUCAGGACUUCCGCCGAUCCAUACUGAGUGUGUGCAGAGAGGCCAUGGAGGAAAGAGAGGGGGGAGGGGCCCACAGUCAAGCACUCUAUGUUUACCCUCCCAACGUAGAAUCCAGCCCCCAACUCCCACAGCACAUCUACAACAAGCUAGACAAAGGGAGGUUGAUCGUGACCAUCUGGGUUAUUGUAUCUCCGUCGAACUCCAAACAGAAAUACACUCUAAAGGUGAGUCAUGACAGUUUACCUGAGCAGCUGAUAGCAGAGUCCAUCAGGAAGAAAAGCCGAUCGAUGCACCUCUCACCUCAGCAACUCCGCCUCUGUGUCCAGGAGUACCAGGGACAGUACAUCCUGAAGGUGUGUGGCUGUGAUGAGUACCUGUUGGAGAAGUAUCCUCUCAGUCAGUACAAGUAUAUCCGUUCCUGUAUCAUAGUUGGUCGUCUUCCUCACCUGAUGCUGGUCUCCAAAGACAGUCUCUACUCUCAGCUCCCUGCCUCUGGCUUUGUCACGCCUUCAUACAGUCGUCGGACUCCUCAGCCGUCUCCCUGUCCAGGAGGAGGUGAUGGUUCUCCUCCUCGCACACUGUGGGCUUUCAACACUUUGCUGAGGGUCCGGCUGCUCUGCGCCACCUACGUGAACGUCAACAUCAGAGACAUUGACAAGAUCUAUGUGAGGACAGGUAUUUAUCAUGGAGGAGAGCCGCUUUGUGACAAUGUCAACACACAGAGAGUCCCCUGCUCCAACCCCAGGUGGAAUGAAUGGCUGACCUACGACAUCUACUUGGCUGACCUCCCUCGCUCAGCCAGACUCUGCCUGUCUAUCUGCUCUGUGAAGGGAAGGAAAGGAGCCAAGGAGGAGCACUGUCCUCUGGCCUGGGGGAACGUUAACCUCUUUGACUACACAGAUGUUCUGGUUUUGGGUAAAGUGGCUCUCAGCCUUUGGCCAGUUCCUCAUGGUCUUGAAGACCUCCUGAAUCCCAUUGGAGUCGCAGGUUCAAAUCCCAACAAGGAGACCCCUUGUGUGGAACUCGAGUUCUCCUGGUUUAAUCAGACUGUUGUAUUUCCCGAUGAGCAGCAGAUAGAAGAACAUGCAAACUGGACCAUCAGCAGAGAGCUGGGCUACAACUACUGCCAUGGAUUGAGCAGUCGUCUGGCCUGUGACAGCAGUGUUUCACCAGCCGAUGCAGAGCAGCUUCGUUCUCUCUGUUCCAGAGAUCCUCUCUAUGAGCUCUCAGAACAGGAGAAGGAUUUCCUCUGGAGACACAGACAUUACUGUGUAAACAUCCCAGAGUCUCUUCCUAAACUGCUGUUGUCAGUUAAAUGGAACUCCAGAGAUGAAGUGUCUCAGAUGUACUGUUUGUUGAAGGAGUGGCCUCUGAUGGAACCCGAGUCGGCUCUGGAGUUGUUGGACUGUAACUUUCCCGAUCCGAUGGUCAGAGAGUUUGCUCUGCGCUGUCUGGUUCAAGGCCUGACAGAUGACAAGCUGUCGCAGUACCUGCUGCAGCUCGUACAGGUCUUAAAGUACGAGAUGUAUCUGGACAAUCCUCUGGCUCGUUUCCUGAUCAAGAAAGCCCUGACCAAUCAGAGGAUAGGACAUUUCUUCUUCUGGCAUCUUAAGUCAGAGAUGCACAAUAAAACGGUGUCCCGUCGGUUUGGCCUGCUGUUGGAAGCUUUCUGCAGAGCCUGUGGGAUGUACCUGAAACAUCUAAACAGACAGGUGGAAGCGAUGGACAAGCUGGUAAAUCUCACUGACACCCUGAAACAAGAGAAGAAGGACGAAACACAGAAAACUCAGAUGAAGUUCCUGGUUGAACACAUGUCUCGUCCAGAUUACAUGGAGGCUUUGCAGGGAUUCGUCUCUCCUCUGAACCCGGUUCACCAGCUGGGAAACCUCAGGCUGGAGGAGUGCAGGAUUAUGUCGUCAGCAAAGCGCCCCCUGUGGUUGAACUGGGAGAACCCCGACAUCAUGUCUGAGCUACUCUUUACCAACAAUGAAAUCAUCUUCAAGAACGGAGAUGACCUGCGUCAGGACAUGCUGACUCUGCAGAUCAUCAAGAUCAUGGAGAACAUCUGGCAGAACCAAGGCCUGGACCUGCGCAUGCUGCCGUACGGCUGCCUGUCCAUCGGGGACUGUGUGGGUCUGAUCGAGGUGGUGAAGAACAGUUUCACCAUCAUGCAGAUUCAGUGCAAAGGAGGCCUGAAGGGGGCGCUGCAGUUCAACUCAAACACACUGCACCACUGGAUCAAAGACAAAAACAGAGGAGAGGCGUAUGACCGGGCCAUCGACCUGUUCACCAGGUCAUGUGCAGGUUAUUGUGUAGCAACGUUCAUCCUGGGAAUCGGAGACCGACACAACUCCAACAUCAUGGUGAAGGAGAACGGACAGCUGUUCCACAUUGACUUUGGUCACUUCCUGGAUCACAAGAAGAAGAAGUUUGGGUACAAGAGGGAGCGAGUUCCCUUCGUUCUGACUCAGGACUUCCUCAUCGUCAUUAGCAAAGGAGUCCAGGAGUCGACCAAGACCAAGGAAUUUGAGAGGUUCCAGGAGAUGUGUUAUAAAGCCUACCUGGCCAUCCGUCAGCACGCCAGCCUCUUCAUUAACCUGUUCUCACUCCUGCUGGGCUGUGGCAUGCCUGAACUGCAGAGCUUCGAUGACAUCGCCUACCUGAGGAAAACCCUGGCUCUGGAGCCAACAGGAGGCCUUGGAGUAUUUCACCAAACAGAUGAACGAUGCUCAUCAUGGAGGCUGGAGCACCAAGAUGGACUGGAUCUUCCACACCAUCAGACACAUGCCCAACGAACACUGACACACUCACUACAUAUAACACACAUACAUGCACGCAUGUGCACACACACAAACUGUGUGUGUUUAUUGCACUACUACUCUGUGAGGAUGAUGAUGAUGAUGAAGGUAUCUGAUUUUGGCAUCACAACGCCAUGUUGGAGGGAUAUUGUCAUAGCAACAUGAAUCUCAGGGUCAGAGGUCAGAGGGGUAGUUAAGGACGCCAAAGGUAUGCUGUAAAAAGGGAUGAUGUCAAAAAUGUCUUCCACUUGAUGCUACCUGUUAGCUCUGCUAGCUGCUCAACAGACCUUUGUCAGAACUGGAUAUCAUACUCAAAAAUGGCAUCCAGUCAGUCCAAUGAGAAUCGCUUGCUUUGUGUAUGUGCCGAAAAUGUUUUUCUGUCUUCCUGGUGAUGCAGCCCACUGAACAGGUGCAGUAAUGAGUCUCUGCUCGGUCCAUAGAUUUUACAUUUUGAUGAUUUCACAGAUUUGAAAAUCAGGUUUCUCUUUCCUCCAUGAACCAAAAUUUCAUAACAGAAAGAGUGAAGGCUGACAUUGUUCGCUGUUGGAGGUGUCCUGUGAGCAGUUUCACAGGCGUCUCUCAUAUUGUGGUGAAGUUAGCUAUGAGCUUUUUGAGGCUGCAGGGGAUUUUUUGCUGCAGUACCGGAAGUGGCCACUGGUGAAGUGAGACAGAACGCCGCCAUCAUAUCCUGAUCUAAAUAAUACAUUCACAACACAGACUGAGCCUUUUUAAAGAGGAAACUUUAUUACUGUAGCACAUAUACAAAUUAAACUUUAUCAACAAGCAGCUAUAACUUUCUAAACUGAUACUUGUUGGAAGACUUUGAAUGAAGCUAGCUUUAUUGAAACCAGCAAAGUGAACACGGUGGUCACUGUGAGAGCAAUAAAACCUCCAAUGACUGAUUAAUGUUUUGAUUAUGACAAUCAGAAGUUCUGACCAAUAGGAAAGCAGAACUGGCCUGCUCUGGGUGGAGUCAUGGUGCUGAUGAUAAUAUGACUCUUCUAGUAAUACAGUUAUACCUUACAUUAUUAUAUUACAACUCUAAAAUCUGCCUUUUUGUUUAGUAGGAAUUUCACUCAUAGAAUUUUGACUUCAUUCUUAAAAUAUUGUGAGUUUUUCUCAUACUAUUUUUUUUGGUUGUAACAUUGCUGUUAACCUCUUUAAUCUCAGUAAUUUUCUGUGCUUCCUGUGAUCCUCCCCAGAAUGAGGCUGAUUGAUGUUUCUCAGGGGAUCAAAUAUCAUUUUGUGGAUAUGAUAGUAUUUUAGUGUGAUCUGAAUUCAGUCUGGAACAACAUAUCUGCAGAUUUUAUCAGGGAUCAAGUCUUUCCACGACAAUCUGAAGUAAUCAUCCACUUAAUAGCCAUUAGCUGAAUCAGGUCUUUGUUAACCUCUAGUGCACUAUGUCUAAUAAACCAUGCUAGGCUAGUUGUUAGCAUGUUUGCCUGUUAGUUCAGCUUGUGCACUCUAAUCCAUGGUUAGUUAUUAGUUAGCAGAGCUCUUGCACUGGAACAGUGAAUUGUGGUUAGAUUUAGUUAGCAUAGCAUCAGUGGAGGCCUUGUCCCUCCUUUUCCAUUGGCUGCCAGCCACCAGGAGGUGUGGCUUUGCUCUGGUGUGGUAAAGGAUGAUGUGAAGGUGUUUGUUUGUUUGUUUCUUCUCAGGUCAGAGGGCAGUCUGAGCCCACCCACACAUCAAUAACACGUGAGGUGGCCUGACCCCGCCCCCUGCUGCAUGCUGAUACAUUUAUGACAUUACUGACUGUGGGUUUAUUACCAUCAUAGCUAAAAAUGUGGAUAUGAGCAGACAUUCUGUUUUUGUAUCCAUGUGAUCAAUAGUAUUGAUUGUUUUUAAACUGGUGUAUUUAUCAGGAAUGAUGGAGGAUGUGAUCAGUUUGUUAAUGUUGUUAAUGAGUAUUGAUUUGUGUGAUUCUGGUUGACGAUAGGGUUAGCGUUAGACCUGAUCUGCAGACCUGACGUGGGAGGAUUCAACCAAUCAGAGAACUUGUCCAUGUUUUGACUUUUUAAACUGGACUUUAUGACAAGUUACCUGGGGGAUGAGGACGUGUUUAACAAAUAUGUUAAAGCAUUUACGGAUCUCUGUCUGCUCCGUUAAUUGUCAUUUUAUUUCAAAA